CCCAGCUCUCCUUCUGUGCCUCUCUCUCUCUGUCUCUCUCUCUUCCACAGAGAGACACUUUCUCUCUCUUUCACAGCACAAACUCUCUGUGUUUUUUUUUUUUCUUCUGUUCUCGGUCUCUAUGGUUGGAUCCUGUAGUUUCUUCUCCACUGACUACGGUUAGAGUCAGGAGAUUUAUAUGUAAUAUAUUUAUAUAUGUUUGUAUAGAUAUAUGAUCAUAUAUUUCUCUUGAUUCACUUUCUUUUUUCAUUUUCGUUUUGUUAAAUUUAUUUUUUAAAGUUUCUUAGAUGCGUUUUUGUUAACUGGAUUUGGGGAUUUUCUUUCUGUGAUCUGUUCAGCUGGUUCUUUUUUUUUUUUUUUUUCCUGGGCUUGAACAAGGUUGAAUUUGUAGAAUUCUUUAGUUUUGUUGGUUUCAAGAAACUCCUUAGAUUUUCUCCUCAUUUCCCAUCGUUUUCUUAUUUUUUAAUUUUCAAUUUGGCUUGCUGCUUCAAUUCUAUCUGAGUAUCUUGGAGGUUUGUGGAGCCCUUUGGAAGGGCUGAUACAGCUUGUUUGAGGUCAAUUAAAUGAGGGAGCCGAUGGGUACAACAAACAAGAGUGAGAACAAAAAAAUGACUAAGGGUAACCGAGAUCUUGCAUCAGUUGAAGAUGCUAAAACUGGAGGAAACUUGGGAGGAGGGGGUCUUUUGAAGAAAGGCCCAUGGACAUCAGCAGAAGAUGCAAUUUUAGUGGAGUAUGUUAAAAAGCAUGGAGAGGGGAACUGGAAUGCUGUUCAGAAGCACUCAGGACUUUCUCGGUGUGGCAAAAGCUGCCGUCUACGAUGGGCGAAUCACCUGAGACCAGAUUUGAGGAAGGGUGCAUUCACUCCAGAGGAAGAGCACUGCAUCAUUGAACUCCAUGCUAAGAUGGGAAACAAAUGGGCUCGAAUGGCUGCAGAGUUGCCUGGACGCACAGAUAAUGAGAUAAAAAACUACUGGAAUACGAGAAUUAAGCGAUUGCAACGAUCUGGUACACCAAUUUAUCCACCUGAUGUGUGUUUGCAAGUAUUUAAUAGUAGUCAAGACAACAUGGGUACAUUGGAAAUGGCAGACACACAACAUUGUGAUUUCUUGCAGAGGGACGGUUUUGAGGCUCCAGAUUUUGAUCUCAAUAAUGUACUCACUAAUGGACUCACUAAUGGUCAUCUCCCUUAUUCUCCUAAAUUUUUUGAUAUUACUUCAACCAGCAUUCUCAAACAAGGUGUUAGUUCAUCCCUUGCUCAUAACGUUAUGUUCCCAACAAUGCAUCCCCCCAAACGCCCCAGAGAGUCAGAGACCUUAUUCCCUACUCUGGAUUGUAGUGUCGGCAGUUGUCUCCCAAUGUUCAAUCAUUAUGUGGAUUACACUUGUGAGAAGGCUGCUGAAUCCUUUAACUUGUCUUCAUUUGAUCCUGAUCCUAACACCAAUGACCAGGUACCAUUCAGUGUUAUUUCUGGCAGCCAUGCCUGUUUAAAUGGCAAUUCUUCUUCUUCUGGGCCCAUAUCUGGGGCUAUGAAGUUGGAGCUCCCUUCACUCCAAUAUUCAGACUCUCGACCUGGUAGCUGGGGCACGCCUGCUUCCCCACUUCCUUCACUCGAGUCUGUUGAUACCUUGAUCCAGUCUCCUCCAGAAGAGCAGAUUCGCGCAGAUUGUCUUUCACCGAGGAGCGGUGGUUUGUUGGAUGCGAUACUCUAUGAGUCACAGAAUAGAGGCUCAAAGAUGAAUCAACCCCAGCAAACUUCAGAUGUUUCUGUCAUGCCAAAAUCUCUGGUGGCAAGCUCGCCCAUGAAUCCCUAUCAGAUGGAUGGUGACCCAAAUUCACCUUUAACUCAUUCUGCUGCAUCAAUAUUCAGCGAGUAUACACCUAUCAGUGGAAGCUCAAUGGAUGAACACCAAUCAGUUGAAACCAUGCUGGGACGCGAUAUUAUGCCUGAAACAGUCCAUCGGGAUUUAAGCCAUUGUGUUAUAGAUAAAGAAAUUCCAGAUGACAUAGUCUUUACCACGGCAGAUAAUUUAUUUGACCUCGGUUGGUUUGAGCAUAGCAACGAGCAUGGUGAGAAUCAGCAGGCACUUCUUGGUGAAGAAUUUAGAAAUUGCUACUAACAAAAAGUGCUGUGACUGUUAGUUACAUUAAGAACGUGAAUUUGAUUUGUGCAUGAGAUGACUUUUCUUGUCUAUCGAAUUUUUGAAGAUCAGUGGAAUCUUCAUGGAACUUAAAUCAUCUUUAAAACUGCUUGUUGUAAUUGAUCAUAGGUUUGUUCUCAAACUUCAUGAUCUUGGGGGACAAUUUUUAUGGUAACCUUCACAAGUCAUUGUUCUUU